AGGGAAGGUAAUGCAAUGCCGCGGUGCUGAAGGAAAGCUCCUCCUCCUGGAAUAAAAGCCCAACAUGCGCAACUUUUUAUUCACACUCCACCGUUCAGAAGGGGGUUCUACGCGCAAACCUUUCCCUUACAGAAUUUUGAAAUAUUUUACCAUCUUGACCAUUUUUGUUGAUUUUGGCGCGUUGUAGUCUACUAAAAACGACUGAGAAUGUAGAGUAAAUAGGUUCCGUCACACUGGCUUCUUGGUCAUCAUAAAGGGUCAAAAAGAAAAAAAUGUUUCCCUUCACGUCAAAUGCAACUAAUUUCAGUUUAACACCGGAAACUAACGCUGAUAACCCGCGAGAUGAAAGUCUGGCGCGAGUUGAAAUAGCGGUUCUCAGCACCAUCUUCCUCUGCGCUGCAGCGCUGAACUUUGGGCUCCUGUUGGUUCUUUGGAGGAGAAGAAAACAGAUGUCUCGAAUGCGCGUAUUCGUCUUUCAUUUGUGCCUGGCGGACCUUGUCGUCACUUUUUUUCAGGUGUGCCCUCAAUUAAUAUGGGAUAUAACCGACAGAUUCAGCGGUCCUGACGUGUUAUGCCGGUUGGUGAAGUACCUCCAGGUGGUUGGCAUGUUCGCCUCUACUUACAUGAUCGUGGUUAUGACCAUUGACCGCUAUCAAGCCAUCUGCAAUCCCAUGGUCACUUUCCAGCGACGCCGUGCGCGAUGGAACAUCCCUGUUUGCAUCGCAUGGGGCAUCUCGUUUGUCGGCAGCCUCCCCCAAAUCUUCAUCUUUUCUAAAGUUGAGAUUGCCCCUGGGGUUUUCGAGUGCUGGGCUAACUUCAUACAGCCAUGGGGGCUGAAGACAUACAUAACCUGGACAACUCUAGUCAUCUUCGUGUUGCCCAUACUGACUGUCAUUGUGUGCCAGGUGCGCAUUUGUAGAGCAAUUCAAAUAAACCUCCACAUGAAAACGCGCCAGGAUGGGGAGGACGCUAUCAAGCAACCACUGCCAUCCAGAGCCAGCAGUGUCGCUGGGGUGUCUAAAGCAAGGAUUAAAACAGUGAAAAUGACUAUAGUGAUAGUGCUUGCCUACAUUAUCUGCUGGUCUCCAUUCUUUACCGUUCAGAUGUGGUCAGUUUGGGAUGAAGACGCACCAACUGAAAGUGCGGUAUUUACCAUCCUCAUGUUGUUGUCCAGUCUGAACAGCUGUGCCAACCCUUGCAUCUAUCUCCUCUUCAGUGGGAAGUUUCCAAAAAGCAUCAUGGCACUUCUGUGUAUGGAAGACGGCAGGGUUAAGGACUCUAUCCCAGAUGAGGCAACAGUGGUCAGCUCACUGUACAUGAGCCUAAAGAGUUUAUCGGAAACCAGGUGAGCCGGUCAGAUUUCGGUCCAUGUUUAGGAGCAACAUUUCUUCGAACAUGUACGAACAGACUAUACAUACUGCCUUGGAAAAACAGUUGCAAGUUGUUUUUCCUGUAAAACGCACUCUCCGUGAUCUGUUUGAGUGGGGAAUUGCUGUAAAUAGCGCCUACUGAAAAGUUAAAGUCUUAAAAUGAAAUAUGUUUUCCAUUGUGCGUAUCGACAUUGCGUCAAGUAAUCUAUAUUUAUAUGCUUGUUAUGUAGGCUAGUCUUUUCAAUGCAUGGCAACCUGUGAACUUAACUGCGCAGAAUAGUGGUGGAAAAAACGUGCUAAAUGACUUCAAUCAUUUUAUAAGGCAGUCGCAUUUGUGUGAAGAUUUUCACAGUCAACAUGUUUAAUGUGAUAGGAUAACUUACUCGAACUGUGUCAUUGUUGCCACAAUCGUUAGCGCAUCAUUUUGCUCCUACUGUGUUCAAUAAAGAGUCAACAAUU